UACAGAGACUCUGGUGACCCCCUGACUCCCCAUUGAGACUCUGGUGGCCCCUGAGGCCCGACAGAGUCACUGGUGACCCCUGAGGCCCUACAGAGACUCUGGUGACCCCCUGAGAUGCUACAGAGACUCUGGUGACCCCUGAGCCCCUACAGAGACUCUGGUGACCCCUGAGGCCCCACUGGGACUGUGGUGACCCCUGAGCCCCUACAGAGAUUUUGGUGACCCCUGAGUCCCUACAGAGACUCUGGUGACCCCCUGACUCCCCACUAAGACUCUGGUGGCCCCUGAGGCCCUACAGUUCUGGUGACCCCUGAGGCCCUACAGAGUCACUGGUGACCCCUGAGGCCCUACAGAGACUCUGGUGACCCCUGCGGCCCCACUGAGGCUCUAAAGACCCCCUGAAGCCUUACAGAGACCCUGGUGACCCCUGAGCCCCUACAGAGACUCUGGUGACCCCCUGAGAUGCUACAGAGACUCUGGAGACCCCUGAGUCCCCACAGAGACUCUGGUGACCCCUGCCUGAGGCCCUGCUGAGACUCUGGUGACCCCUGAGCCCCUACAGAGACUCUGGUGACCCCUGAGGCCCCACUGAGACUCUAAUGACCCCCUGAAGCCCUACAGAGACUCUGGUGACCCCCUGACUCCCCAUUGAGACUCUGGUGGCCCCUGAGGCCCGACAGAGUCACUGGUGACCCCUGAGGCCCUACAGAGACUCUGGUGACCCCCUGAGAUGCUACAGGGACUCUGGUGACCCCUGAGCCCCUACAGAGACUCUGGUGACCCCCUGAGGCCCCACUGGGACUCUGGUGACCCCUGAGGCCCCCCUGAGACUCUGGUGACCCCUGAGGCCCUACAGAGACUCUGGUGACCCCCUGACUCCCCAUUGAGACUCUGGUGGCCCCUGAGGCCCUACAGAGUCACUGGUGACUCCUGAGGCCCUACAGAGACUCUGGUGACCCCUGAGGCCCCUCUGAGACUCUGGAGAUCCCUGAGACCCCACUGAGACUCUGGUGACCCCCAGAAGCCCUACAGAGACUCUGGUGACCCCUGAGCCCCUACAGAGACUCUGGUGACCCCUUAGCCCCUACAGAGACUCUGGUGACCCCCUGAGAUGCUACAGAGACUCUGGUGACCCCUGAGGCCCUUCAGAGACCCUGGUGACCCCCUGAGAUGCUACAGAGACACUGGUGACCCCUGAGACCCUGGUGACCUCCUGGAUGCUACAGAGACUCUGGUGACACCUGAGCCCCUACAGGGACUCUGGUGACCCCUCAGGCCCUACAGAUGCUCUGGGGACCAAGGCCCCACCGAGAUCCUACCCAAACUCCAGGUUCUCCCAAGGCGCCAUUGAGAUUCUGAGACCUCGGAGACCCCCCACUGAAGCUCAGAGAUCUCCAAGACCCUGGAGACCCCCAAGGCGUCACCCAAGUUCCUAGACCACCGAGGCCUGACUGAGGCCCUGGGACCACUGCCCAGCAUGGGGUACUUCCCGCCCGCCGUGGUGAUCGACAACGGUUCGGGAUUCAUCAAGUCGGGCAUGGCUGGGGUCAGGGCCCCCCGUUUCGUCUACGCCAACAUUGCCGGCUGGGGGAGGGGCCAGUUGGGGGCACACACUAUGAGGGACCUGUAUGUGGGCGAGGAGGCACAGGCCCGGCGGAGCAGCCUCUUCAUCAGUUACCCGGUGGAAAGAGGCAUCAUCACCUCCUGGGAGGAAAUGGAGGCCAUAUGGAGGAACAUCUACGAGAAAAAUCUGAAGGUGGAGGCCAGCGGAAGGCCGGUCCUGCUCACCGAGACGGCCCUCAAUCCUCUGGCCAACCGGCAGCGGAUGACGGAGCUGUUCUUCGAGACGUUCGGGGUUCCCGCCUUUUACGUCUCCGUCCAGGCCGCGCUGGCCCUCUACGCCUCAGGCCGCACCACGGGCUGCGUGCUGGACUGCGGCGACGGGGUCACCGCCUGCGUCCCCGUCCUCGAGUGCCACUGCCUGCCUCACGCCGUCCUUCGGCUGGAGCUGGCCGGGCGGGACCUCACCGAUCACCUCACGAGGCUGCUGACGGAGAGCGGGAUCCUCCUGCUCAAAACAGAGGAGAGAAGGAUCGUCAGGAACAUCAAGGAGACCGGCUGCUACGUGGCCCUGAGCUUGGACCGAGAGGCAGCCAAGAAGGCAACGCGCGCGUACAGGCUGCCCGACGGCAAGGUCAUCGAGAUCGCGGACCAGCUGUUCCGCUGCCCCGAGAGCCUCUUCUCGCCCUCCGACGUGGGGGUGGAGGCCCCCGGCAUCGACGUGCAGUGCUUCGACAGCGUCAUGAAGUGUGACACGGAGCUGAGGAGCCCAUUGUUCUCCAACGUGAUCCUCGCCGGGGGAUCGAGCCUCUUUCCCGGGCUGGACCAGCGCCUGUCGAAGGGAAUCGGGCGGCUCGUGCCGGCCAACACCGCGGUGCGGGUUUCAGCGCCUCCGCGUAGGGGACUCUCGGCGUGGAUGGGGGGGUCCAUCCUGGCUUCCCUCUCCGCCUUCCAGGACACCUGGAUCACCGCUUCGGAAUACAAGGACGUCGGACCCAACGUGGUGCACCAAAGGUGCUUCUGAAGUUGCUGACCGAAUAAAACGGUUGGAAAACUCGAUUUGGGAUGCGCGGGUCUCGAAAGGAUUUCAUUUGACCUGCCUAGUAAACACGACGCUUCAGACGUGGAA